GUCUCUGUUGCUGAAACACCAUCAAUGGCUGGCACUGACGAGACGGCAUGCUCUUCGGGUCACCAGUACUCGAGCAUUAGCAGCCGCGGACGCAAUCUUCGAGUCCUCAUACCUCGGCGAACCGUUAUGCUCCGAUGAAGUUCUGCCUUUGCUUACCUUGGCACUUGCGGAGGAGCAUCUUCCUGAGAACACGGCCAUAGAGCUGUCGGACUUGGAACUCUACCAGAAGGCUACACACGGUCUUCAGGAGUUCGAGGACGGCUUACGAGAUCUCGGGGCACGAGCCGAAUGCAUAUUGUACGCGCCUUGGCCGGGCUGUGCUGCGGCAGACCAGGCGGACCUCAAGCGAGCAAAGAGUCCCUUGCUUGGGGGAGGCCUGUUGCCGGCAGACCGAGAUGCGCUGCUACAGUCGCUGGCAGACCAGGGAGUCUUGUUUGCCCGCAAGUUGGGUACAGUUGGUGGGAACGUGACAGCUCACUUGGCCAUGCUCCAAGGCCUCGACUUUGUCAAGAGGCCGCCAAGAGCACCCCACCGCCUUUUCCCAAUCUCUUCAGAGGAGCAGGGCGGCCCAUUGGUGCUUGCAAGAUGGUUCUUGGCCAGCCUGAAGGCUCGCAUGCCCCCUGCUGCUAUCGUGGUGCUGUGCGGCUGCAUUGCUGUGUUUUCAGGACAGAUGGUACCGGCCACAGGCAUCAUCACCAAACGAAGCUUCAGAGUCUUCAUUGGAGUCUAUGCUUUCGCCCACUUUGUGGUGUUCUUCGUGUCUGUUGCAGCUUUCGUCGAGUAUUCCCUGCUGGAGCCGUUGCGAAAGGCGGGGCUGGUUCGCAAAGUCGAGCUCUGA